UUAGAGAUUGCUACAUCUUAGUCAUUCCCCCCUGGACAAGUAAGAGUGAAAGGAAGCGUGUCGUGAUGGCGCAUUGUUGUUUUUAAGGUUACAGCUCUUAUAUUUUAAACGUAUGUCACCAGCGGGUGUAAUAGUUCACCUGUCUAAUUAAGUUAGCUAGCUAGCGAAGCGAUAUCUUUUUUCACGGGCAUUCUGAAACGAUUUCUAGUCUUCACAGGCAGCCGUACUACCACCACACACGUACGUCACCGGCGCACGAUGCAAGUAUCAUGUUUUGACAGCUACGGCGAGUACGAUAAACGUUGCUAACUACCUAACGGUGCUUUCUAGAAUACUUUUUAAACAACGUAUGCAAUAAUUGAUAAGCGAAGAAAAAUAUGUUCGUUAAUUGGUGUUUUUAAUUUUUAGCUACCUAACCUUAUAACCCCGGCUUGAUUGGAAAAGCGUUUAUUUUCCCGACUAGUAUUCCCUAUAUCUGCUAACCGUUAGAUAAUUUCGAAAUUGCAAAAGUUAACAUUAGGGGUGUAACGUUAAUAAUCACUACGAUAUGCGACCCGUGUCGCUGCUUCGAGACUGACGGAAAGUUAUUGCAGUUCAUUAACUAGCUAAUAAAAUUUUCUUUUCAAUAAACAACGGCUAUUGUAUGACAACGCAUUCGUUAAACAAUUACCUGUGGUAAGUUAGCAUAUCAUGAAGCCGAUAGGGAGAAAUGGGAUGAUAGGACUGUGUAUAGGAGCAACGGCGGGUGUAGGCCUGGUUACAUUCAUUAUCUACAAAGAAGUGAGUAGAAGAAGAUCUAAAACAUUAGUACUCCAGACCAACACCCCAGAGUACUUGAUAGACAGUCCAAAUGGAACACUCUCACAGACUGGGCCAGUUGAAGAACAAGAGGCGGUGGUCAGGCAGCAGACCCUGGCUGGGGUGGAGGCGAUGAUGCAGGGCCUGUCCCUGGAACAGCAGGUGGAGCUCAGAAAUCGUCUGGAUGAGGUGCUGACCUGUGUAUCUUCCCUUCGCUUCGAGGUGGCUGAGCUGAGGACCGGCCUGCAGGACAUCGCCCAGCAGAUUAUCCAGGAUGUCAAGAAGGGUGUUGAGGAGAGCCAGAGAGCGCGCAGGCGAAGGCACAUGGUCAGCCACCGGGAACGCACCGACUCAAUGAGCUCCAGCUCCAUCUACUUCUCCGCCAGUCAGGGCAACGCCAGCAUGUAUGGAGGGGAAACCAGCGAGGGAGGCUACUCCACCGCCAAUGCUGAGUCGGACUACACAGACCGAGACACGGAUAGGGAGACGGACAAGGAGGUGGAAGGAGAGCCUGAGGAGGAAUCGGAGGAGGACCAAAGCUGUGCCACAAUCCUGACUCUGCGCCAGGAGGACUCCCAGGAGGAGGAAGACGAACCACAGGAAGAAGACGAGGACAAAGAGGAGGUGCUGGAGGUAAUGGCUGAGGUGCCCAGUGGAGAAUUGGCACUGCUCCUGGCCCAGAGUGAUAUUCUCCAUACGGGGGAUGACAAGCUGAAGGCAGAGGGCUUUCGUCUGCUGCUCGCCAACAAGCAAGAGUAUGGCGACAGCAAUGAGUUUCUAUGGCGACUGGCCCGUGCCUACAGUGAUAUGUAUGAUUCCACUGAGGACAAGCAGGAAAAGAAGUUGUAUGCCGAGCAAGGUCGUGAGGAAGCAGAGUUUGCACUGAAGAAGAAUGGCCUGAAUGCCGAAUGUCACAAGUGGUUUGCUGUUCUCACUGCCCUCACCUCCCAAUAUGAGAGUAUGCAUGGCAAACUGAAAAGCAGUCACAUCCUUAAGGAGCACUUAGACCAAGCGAUCGCCCAUAGGGACGAUGACCCACUGUGUUUCUAUCUACUGGGGCGCUGGUGUUAUGAUGUUUCCACUCUAGACUGGCUGGAGAGGAAGGCUGCAGCAGCCCUGUAUGACAAACCACCGAUGUCUACUCUCCACGACGCCCUGGAAAACUUCUUGAAGGCAGAGGAGCUGAACCCAGGAUUCUCCAAGACAGUAAGACUUUACAUCGCCAUGUGUCAUAAGGAGCUAGGGAAUUUGUCAGAAGCCAAAAACUGGGCCAAGUUGGCUUUGAAGAUGGCUAGGGACUCAACUGAGGAUGAGAAUAGUGCAAAAUUGGAGGCGGAACUGGGAGCCUUGAUUGACAAAACAGACCUCUCCCUCUCCGAUGGAGACAAAUAAGAUGGGGCACACUGAAUGCUACUGAAUGGACAUUGGCUAACAAUUUCACUGAUCACAGGUCACCCAAUCCAAUGUGUGCUAUAUAUAACUAACGUGACUUGUCCCCUCCUUCCUCUGUGCACCAGGAAGAUAUACACUUCAUUGCCAGUUUGCUAGGUACACCCAUUGAAGAAAUGUUCCCCCUCCCAUGCCUUCAGUAUAGCCUGAAUGUUUUUGGGGCGUACAGUAGAUUCCACAAAGUGUCUGAAGAGUUCCACCAGGAUGUUGGUUAUUGCUGGUUUAGGUCUGGAGAUGGCGCAGGCUAUUCAAGUAUGCCGAACCAGGAUUUGUGGGACCAGUUGAUGUUUUUCCAUUCCUUAGCUGCCUGCUGAUUACAUGGCCACUUUGUGUCUCUUGUUGUUUUUAGCAGAAUAUAGUAGCGACUAGCAUAAAUAUCUGCUGCAAUAGACCAUCUGUGACGAGCACCAACGAGUUUGGUGGCCCGAGGUGCCGUUCUGCACAAUGAUGUGAGAUAUUCCAACUGCCACAGGCUAUCAUACCACACUGAUUCUGUUUGCUUAAUCAAACAGUAAUUUAAUUCCUUGAUGCCUGUUUGCCUGCUUUAAAUACAAGAAUGUCUGUUUAUGUAUUCACUGUCUGUUGCUGCAAUCCAUUUUUUGUUUUUUUUGAAUGGGGCGUUGUACCUAGUAAACUGGCCAAUGAAUGUUUCUGUUUAGUAUUAGUCACUGAAUCUUUUGUUUUUGUUAUAGGGAAGUAUUCCUCUUUAAAAUCAGAAUAGUCUAUCCUUUCAGACAUUAACAUUUAUUAAUAUGCUAUCAGUUUUCAGUGAGAACACAUAGCAUAUUUACUUUUGAAGAGUCUUCUAGUGUUGUUUUGUGGAUGGUUACUUAGAUUUGAGUAAUUCCUUCUUUGAUUCCCUCUUGUUUAGAUGGUUUAGUAAUGCCAUGUAUCCAUAUUGUUAAAUCAUUUCCCACAAUAUCAGUUAAUAGCCUCAAAGAUCAUGUAGAUGUAAUUAUUUGUGUGAUGUGAAGUGAAAUUGUUUCAAUGAACCAAGCAUAAGCCCAUUAUAGAGGUGUUUUAAAAGAAGCAUGGACCCUUUCUGACUUUUACUUAAAAGAAAUGUGACUGAAGAUGUUAACCUUCAGUUUCUUGCUGCCUUUGAUUUUCGUUUUGAGGAAAUGUUUACAGUUGACCAUCUCUUUUUAAGUUGUUGUUAAAUGUUAAUUUAUCUUGGCACGCAUUGGAUAUUUAUACUUCUGUUUGCUGUUAUCAGUAGGAUCACAUUUCAACAUAUUCCAAUUGAAUCCUUUAAAAUGGAUUUCAUGUUAAGAGAUAUUCUGAUUCAGCAGUUAAACGUAUUCUUUGUGUUACCCUGUAUGAAACUGGCAUUGUGACUCCCUGGAGUGAGACCACUAAUACCAAUACCACAUUAAUAAAAUGUAAAAUAUUUGUGUAUUCAUGGAGAGCAUUUUAUUUAUUAUACACUAAUAAAAAUCAAAUUAUGGACACCCUU